AUGCGCCGUCAUAUUACGCGACAGUUGGCACAAUUCCAAGAUGAAUCGACGUCGAGAAAAAUCUCUGUCGCGGCCCAACCUGGUCGGGAUGACGAGCUACGCAAUCCUCGGUCGGCGCAAGCUAUCCACCUCAAGCCUCUCCGCCGCACUCCAAAGCACGGCGUUCCUUCCUGCGACCUUCAGCUUCGGUCUUACAGCAUUCAGCCGCUUGAAUUCUUCUCCGAUUUUGCCCUCCGAGCCGCAUACUAUCUGGGCCUACCCGCGUUCGGGCCUGUGCCUCUGCCACGGAUAACGGAGCGGUGGACAGUUCCGAGGGAUCACUUUAUUUUCAAGAAGUCGCAAGAGAAUUUUGAGCGCAAGACAUUGCGCCGAAUGAUCCAGAUUCAGGAUGGAAACCCUGAAACCGUGCAGCUAUGGCUCGCAUAUCUUCGAAAACACCAGUACUACGGUAUUGGCAUGAAGGCGAAUUUUUGGGAGUUUGGCUCUACACAGGUGGAGAACCCGGUACAGUCUCUGGAUGGUGGUUCUGGGGAACUAAUGGCUGUUUGGGAGCAUCUCGGUCAGACCAAGUCGUUGACCGAGGAGGAGGCUGAGGAGAUGCUCAGCCGAGGCCGCUUGGGCGAUUCCCUGUGCGUGUCGCGUGCCAUGCCUCGCUCGACGCACCCAACCGCAUGA